UAAGCGGGUCCUGUCAGCGGGGCGAGGGGAGGCGGGAGCGGUCCCCGCCGUGCUCUGGGUCACGGCACCGGCCCCAGCGGUGCUAAGGCACCCCCAGCGCUCCGGGUGUCUCGGGGGACCGCGGCGGGUGGGCCGCGCCGCCUCAGCCGGGGGUCGCGGGCAGGGUCCCCCGCAGCGCGGCGAGGAGCGGGACCGCCGGGGCUCUGCCUCCUCCCCCGAGGAAAGGGCCGCCGCGUCUCGGUGCGGCGGGGCCGGCGGAGGACAGCGGCGGGUCGGUGGCCGUGCGGCCCCGGAGGUGAAGCAGGCCCGGCGUACGGGAGCCCUCCGGCGGGGCCUGUCGCACCGUUUGCGGUAGCGGGAGUCGAGACCGGGACGGUUCCUUGAGCCACCGCUCUUCCAGCAGCCUUUUCCAGGAAAAAUGAUUUUUGAGGGCGGCUCCUUCGUGAAGGGUGUGGUGCUGGGAGGAGCCUUCUGCAUGUUGGUGACACUGCUUGGGCACAUUAAGCUGGGCCAUGGGACUAAAGCACUUCACCACGAGCACCAUCACAUCCAGGCCCCCAACAAAGAAGACGUCUUAAACCUGUCAGAAGGCGAGCGCGUGGAGCUCAGUAAAAGUAUCCGUGUUUAUUGUAUCAUUCUUGUGAAACCGAAAGAUCUGGGGCACUGGGCCGCGGUGAGAGAGACAUGGAGCAAGCACUGCGACAAGGUGGAGUUCUACAGCUCUGAAAACAUCAAAGUGUUUGAUUCUGUUGCCCUCAACACAAAUGAUAUGUGGGCGAUGAUGAGAAAAGCUUACAAGAUAACGUAUGAACGUUAUAAAGAUGAAUUUAACUGGUUCUUCCUUGCAUAUCCAACAACGUUUGCUAUUAUUGAAAAUCUCAAGUAUUUCUUACUGAAAAAGGACCCCUCGCAGCCUUUUUAUAUAGGCCACACUGUGAAGUCUGGUGACCUUGAGUAUGUACAUGGGGCAGGAGGAAUUGUCCUCAGCAUUGAAUCACUAAGACGACUCUCCCGUAUUCUUGAAGACUCUGACAAGUGCCCGGAGCAGGGAGGUAUGAUUUGGAAACUUCCUGAGGAUAAACAGCUUGCAAUGUGUCUGAAGUAUACUGGAGUGUUUGCUGAAAACGCGGAAGAUUCAGAAGGAAAAGACGUCUUCAACACUAAAUCAGUCAGUACUCUCAUUAAGGAAGCAAUGUCCACUCACCCGCAGCAGGUGGUUGACGGCUGCUGCUCCGACAUGGCCAUCACCUUCAGUGGACUGGCCCCCAACCACAUGCACGUGAUGAUGUAUGGGGUUUACAGGCUGAGACCCUACGGCCACACCUACAACGAUGCGCUUGUCUUCCUUCCACCUGCAGGCUCAGACAACGACUGAGGUCUCUUCAGAGGAGACCUGGAACCAUGGAGUCGUGACUGGUGUUUGUACUGGCACAUUCGAUUUUUGUAUCUGGUGGUACUGGUGUACAAUUUACUUUUUUUUUUUCCACAUUGAGGUUUGGUAAAGCUCUUAAUUUUAAAAAUGGAAGGAGAACUUUUUUUCUAAAUCUUUUAUACAGAACGCUUCUGGCUUUUGACAGUGCUGUAAUGAAAUGACAAAAGUUAAUGUUUACGAUAAAAGGAAACUAAGUUUAUAUGGGGGGGUUUGUACAUGUAAAUAUUUAUUAAUGAAAAUUCAAAUGAACUUUAGUCUACUAUAUUUUUGCAAGAUUUUGAUUUUUUUCAAUUCUUCCAGGCAUUUCUAGAAUGUCUUUAUAUCUUUCUAAGAUGUACCAAUAAAACUGACUACAGAUCCAGUCUCACA